AUGUGGAAGCAAUUCCUCAGUAAACUUCCCCGGAAAGAUUCACCCAGAAACCCUAUUUUUAAUUCUGCCCCAUAUCCACCAUCCCAACAUUCGGGCCUACACGGGCCGGCCAACACCGCUGCUAAACGGGCUUCAGCCGCGGCGGUGUUCCCAGCCAGCACGAUUGCUGGAAUCGAGCCUCUCCUCGCUUUCAAGGAUGUCCCGAGCUCACAAAGAAUGAACCUAUUCAUCAGCAAGCUGAGUCUAUGCUGUGUAGUGUUCGACUUCACAGACCCCUCCAAACACAUUCAUGAAAAGGAGCUCAAACGGGCCACGUUGCUCGAGCUUCUCGAGUUCAUAUCCGAAAACCCUCCGAAAUUCCCCGAGCCCGCGAUCCUAGCUUCAUGCAAGAUGUGCGCAAUCAACCUGUUCCGAGUCUUCCCACCCGGUACUCGCUCGAGGGCCCACAGCCCGGCCGAGAACGACAAUUGGGCCGAGCCCGUAUUCGAGCCCGCGUGGGCCCACUUGCAGAUAGUGUAUGAUUUCCUCCUCAAGCUCGUGACUUUAUCUUUCCUUGACACGAAAAUCGCAAAGAAGUACGUAGAUCACUCGUUCAUAUCGAGAAUCAUCGACCUUUUCGACUCGGAGGACCCUCGCGAGAGGGACUGUCUGAAAGCUAUCCUCCACAGGAUUUACGGCAAGUUCAUGAUUCACAGGCCGUUCAUAAGAAAAAGCUUAAGCAAUGUGUUUUACAGAUUCGUUUUUGAGAUGGAAAAGCACAAUGGGAUAGCAGAGCUGCUUGAGAUUUUCGGGAGUGUGAUUACGGGAUUUGCUCUGCCUCUGAAAGAGGAGCAUAAAAUAUUGUUUUGGAGAGCUUUGCUCCCUCUGCACAGGCCCAAGUCGUUGGGCGUUUAUUUUCAGCAGCUUUCCUAUUGCGUGGCUCAGUUUGUCGAGAAGGAGCCUACUCUGGCUAGCGGUGUGAUUAUGGGGCUUUUAAGGUGUUGGCCGAUUACGAGCAGUCAAAAGGAGGUGAUGUUUUUGGGCGAGGUUGAGGAGAUUUUAGAGAUGAUCGGCAUGGACGAAUUCCAGAGGAUCAUGGUCCCAUUGUUCGGUCGGAUUAAAUGUUGCAUAAAUAGUUAUCAUUUUCAGGUAGCUGAGAGGGCCUUGCUUUUUUGGAAUAACGACCAAAUCUUGAACCUUAUUUCACACAAUCGAAAAGUUAUUCUGCCUAUAAUAAUCCCAGCUCUGGAAAAAAACACACAGAGCCACUGGAAUCAGGCUGUACUCAACUUAACGUUAAAUGUACGAAAAAUGCUAAUGGACAUGGAUGAUGCCUUAACAUCAUCCUGCAUUCGCAAUUUUCGAGAGGAACAGAAAAAAUCGAAAUUAGUAGCUGAAAACCGGAAGCUCGUUUGGGAACACUUUGAAAAUAUCGCAAGUCUUCAACCAGUAGCAGAAAACACCGCUGUUCUGGUAAUUCAUUAG